UUUGCCAUCUGGGAACGCCAAAUAAUUGUCUUCGUGUGUGGCAAUGCACAAAGUGCGAAAAAUACCAAAGACAUAAAUAAAGCUAAAUAAGAGAUCUUUCAAUACAUUUUGGAUUAUUGAAUGGUCGUUGAUCGAGCGUUGCCACCUAGCACAUAUUUUGCUUUAGUUUGUGAAUUGCAAAAGCUGUACGCGAAACAGUAUUUUCGAUUUUCGAAAUUAAACUCAACAUCCUAGCUUGUCUUGGCCUGUCUUUUCAAAUGUCACGCUGCAUGACUGUGCAUCUACAUAAAUCACUUGGACUUGAUUGGAGCAGUACUAUAGAGUUUGUGUGAAUCAAAUAAUUGCAUUUCUAAACUUCAUCGCCGGUUAUUGUGUUUGAAAUGGAUUGGUUUCUUUUCACCUCCUAUUUGAUAUGGUUUUUAGCCGCUUUUCAAAAUCCAUUCAUGGAAAUUUGGGAGCGACUGGAAGAAGCUCGAGAUUUUCUUCGUAUCGGCUAUAUGGCAGAACCGUCUAGCAAUAAUAACCGAAUGAAUGACUCGAAUUUUAUCUAUAGUCGGCCAAUACAAAUGAUUGACGAGCCUUUUGCAGAUGCUUUCAUCGGAAGCAGCUAUGGCGGCAUUGGUAUGGAUGAGGCUGGAUUCGAUGGGCCACAAAGUGACGGGGAACGGACCGGCGAGAACAACAACUAUAAUCUGCCACUCUUCUGGGUGAAACUGACAAAAACAAUAAAAAUGGUUGCCUACGAUAAUCCCAAGGCUAUAUAUCUCCGAUACGAAGCCGACUAUAAUGGAAGAACGCUUGUCACCUGGAUCAAUAUUGUUAUUGUAAGUCAACUGCUGUGGUUGUUCUAUGCGCUGAUCGCAAUCAUCGGUGUCAUUCAUGUUACCAUGUAUAUGAGUUGUGGCCUUCUGAAAUAUUUAGCCAAUCUAAUUCUGAAGAAAAUAGAAAUGUCAGGUCUCCCCAAAAAACUAGAAAUGUGGAUUUUCGUCAAAAAACAUGAAUUGUGGGCACUCCUUAACAAACUAGAAAUGCUAUUCCGCAGCAAACUGGAAAAGUUGAGCUUUCAACGAAUUCGCCAACUGUUUUCAAAGAAGAAGAAUGAUAAGGACGUCCCACCAGUUGUGCUACCAGUACUGCUUCCCCUUGAACGCUAUGUGGAAUGUUGUGUUGAGUCGGGUCUAGAGUCGGAUGUUGAGUCGAAUGCCGAGUCGAUUACCCAAUCAACUAAGGAGAAUUCCGCAAGUUACCGCUGUGCCAGAACCAUGCAUAUCAAUGCUAGAUAUAAUCCGAUAUCGAAAAGGUCUAAAAAACUCAACAAGCAAGAUAAAUUUAUUCAAUGGAUCAAACAGGCUCCAUUCCUGAAUGGAAACUCCGAUUCCGAAAUUCGACUAUCCGACUCUGAUGGGGACGAGCACUUGAAGCUUAUUUCCUCCAAAGAAAGCGAUGAAAAUUUUCUGAUACCAAGCGAUGAGCUAAAAGGGAAACCCAGAAGAAAUUUUACAGUCAUACAUAAUAAUUCAAGUCACACUUUGGCUAGCAAACUGAUAAUUGUCUCUAAGGACAACAUGACAGACACUGAGACACCCUUUAAAACAAAAAUGUAUAUAAACGCCAAGAAAAUGUGCAAAAUUCUGCAGAGCGCUAGGCCGUGCGGCUGUCCAUAUUACGACCAUAACCAUGAAUGUGAUGCUGCCAAAAAUAUCCCGGAAAGUGGACAGGGCGAUGGCGCUUGGAUGCGUGAGGCUGCAAAACGAAAUGAAUCCUCAGAGGUUUUGGGAAAGCAACAUAACAACUCGUCGGGACGGCUUUUCAACAGACGUGCAACCAAAGAUGCAUGUGACAGCGAUGUGCAGGAGAAAUAUUACUCAACCGAAGACCUUUCUGACGCAUGCACGGUUUUGUACAAUAAGCAAAGUACGGCUAACAAGCAGAAACUGAACCGCAAGGAUUGUCCACUGAAACCAAAAAUAUCAAUGCCAAUCGUACAUAACGAAUUUAAUAAUUCUCAAGACAAAGACUCUUUCAAUAUGGUAGGAGUUCUAAAAACAUCGAAGAGCCCAUCAACAAUGAGUUUGCCAACUCGUUUGAAGGAUAUCAUCCCGCUUACGCGCAGUUUUGGAAGAUCUAUGAUGCCAACAUCUUUUGUGGAAGAGAAGCCAGAAGCCGUAAUUGAUAAUCCGAUCAGCAUUUCGAAAACUGACAACGCCGACACUGAUGUUUCUUGUGACGAAGGUGAUAGUUUGGAAACAAAAACCCCUGAUACCACUAUAUAUAACGAUUUGUUGCAAAAGCAAUUUGCUGACGCCCUAAGGAUUUCUGAAGAGUCUGAAACUUCGAUGAGCUCUCAUAGUUUCAAGCAGGAGGACGGCAAUUGGGUUGGCUGGUCCGUAAAGAAGAAUAGAUCAAAUAAAUGCAAGAAGCUAAUGGACGUGGACGUAGGCAUGGAAAGCGCUAACGAAUCGGAAGCUAAAAUGGACUACAGUGACGCCGACGAGCCGAUGGGAUCCACUUUUAUUCAACAGCACGUCGAGACAUUGAAGGACUCAUUACAGGGAGGCUAUCAACGUCCUGGCAAAAAAGUCGCCAAAAAUAUUAAUUGGGCAUAGCUCUGAAUUACAAACUCACGAAGUUGAAUUUUGCUUUGCAGACUCCUAGCAGCCCGAAGUAAGCAGUCAAGAAUCCGGAGAGCAGACAAGUCUGAGCUUCAACUAAAAAAUAAUCAAAAUAUUAAAACUUCAUCCUCAUCUUCAUUUUAAUUGAGUUUGGGGAGAGGUCACACAAUACUCUAAUACUUUAACUAUCAUCUAUAUUAAUUGGAGCUCUAAUAAUCAAUCAUAUGUAAGAAGUCAGGAAUCUGGAGAACAGACAAGUCUGAACUUCACCUGAAAAAUAAUAUAUUAAUCGAUGGAACUCAUCAAAAUAGGAAACUUCAUCCUCAUCUUCAUCUUAAUUGAGUUUGGGGAGAGGUCACACAAUACUCUAAUACUUUAACUAUCUUAUAUAUUAAUUGGAGCUCUAUUAAUCAAUCAAAUCUGGAGAGCAGACAGUGGUCGACGAUUUCAAAAAAUGUUGUGUUGCCCAAGUCUGGCUUCAGCUAUCUAUAUUAAUCAAUGCAAAUAAUCAAAAUAUCGAAACUUCAUUAUCCUCUUCACCUUCAUUGAAUAUGGGGAGAGGUUUCACAAUAAUCUAGUAUUUUAAUUUUAUAUGAAUUGGUUAUGUGGAGAGGCUUUCGAAGCUUUCACAAACAUAUGUGAGCCGUCAGGAAUCGGAGAGCAGCCUGGGGUUGACGAUUUGAAAAGCUAUGCGUCUGAGGUUCAGCUACUAAAUACUAUACUAUACACACUAUACUAUAUAUUGCUGACAUCAUUCAAACUCUGGAAAUUGCAUAGUCAACUCAACUGCGGAAACUCAACUCAGGAAAUAAUAUGAACUGGAAUUUACCAUAAUUCCAUCCACUAUCAAUAUUUUACCAUAACCCAGAUUUUCAUCAUAUAUUAACGACCUUGAAUUUAAUUAAAUCCCACUGUGUGUGCUUAACAUUUCAACAAGAUCAAAUUUACUAACCAUAUAUUCCCGACUGUGUCGAAACAUCGAAGCCAAUAACAAGUUUUUAUUUUACAUAAAUAUCAUACCUAACAUCACAUUCCACUUGUAUAAUCGGAUAUACUACCGUAGAUCUUUCUAUAUGUAUAUCUGUAACCUACUGUCAAACCUCAUAACCAAAUAUACAUAUAUCUAUUAA